CGGCAAGCCGGGAGACCGGUCGAGAUGACAAGAUUCUCGCAGUGUCGAAUCCUGUCGUUCGUCUCGCAUUGUUACGGUGCUCGUAUCGUUCGCAUUUCGACGUUUUCGACCUCGGAAAUAGUGUCCGGCGUCUCGCGUCCACGUUCACGUUUUGAUAUCGCCGCCGCCGCCGUGGCGCCGUAAUCGCGCCCAACUUCACGCCGCGCCGUGUCGCCGUGAAGGUGUCGUUUGCGCGCGUAUUUGUGUCUCCUCGUUUCUCCGCGUGGGACAGUGCGACGACCGUCUAUCCGUGACUUUUACCGCUCAUCACAGGGUAAUCCACGCCAGUUCUCGCGUUAGUUUGCGUGCUCGCGAAUCGAGCACCACGUGAUAGCCGUCGUUGCUGAAAAUCGAGAGUCGUCUCUUCGCGCGUUUGUCGCGCUGCGUAUCACCGAAUUCGGAAGCCGCGCACACCUUCCCGUCCUCCUCGAGCGGCGCGAUCCUCACCGCGUCACCUUUUACGGCUCUCUCUCUUUCUCUCUCUCUCUCUCUCUCUCUUUCUCUCUCUUUCUUUCUUUCUCGUUUUUACGUCACGCGUGUCAGCAAAUCGUUUCGGGGAACGCUAUCGAUCGGCAUCGCCGGAAGAUCUCAUUUCCGUCGCUCCUCACGUCGUCGUCGCCGGAAGAAAGAGAAUUCAACGAAAACUGAGUGACCAUGGAGGACGGAGUCCGCUACAACGCGCCGCAUUCAAGCCGGAAUCCGGAGGCCAGACAGGCCCGUCAAUUGCCCGUCAUCGUCAACGCGGGUGACAAAACCUCCAGUAAACUGUCCGGAGAUAGGCCAGUCAACGUCGCGCAAGUUCAUCUGAUGCAGGUCGACGUGGAAAACUCUGCUGCUGCGCAGCGUGUGUCGUGUGGCUCUCUGGAGAUCAGCGAGGAACGUCAGCGUCGGCUCGCUAUGAUGGAGUCGCUCUGUCAGGUGAACGACACUAAAACCAAUGGCACUGGAGACAUCAAGAAUGAGACCAACAAUAACACAAACCAUAAUAACAAUACCCACAACAAUAAUAACAACAACAGUAAUGCCAUCGAUUGUCCGGAUUCUCAGAGGUUGGCAGUGCUGAGUUUCGAGCAAGUCCGCCGAUUGAACGAUGUAAUGAACGAAGUCGUCAGCAUUCACGGACGAGGAAACUUUCCCACCUUGGAGGUCCGACUGAGAGAUCUCGUGACGGUGGUGCGCAGCAAACUGGAGACCGAUCCAAGCAACGGGGGUGCCGGCAUGAGGGUACGCGACAUUCGGCUUAAUGGCGGCGCGGCUUCCCAUGUGUUGGCCACAGAAUCCCAGCCCUAUAACGAUCUGGACCUUAUCUUCGCGGUUGAACUAUCUAGUGGCCGUAACUACGACAAGGUCAAGGCCGCGGUGCUUGGUUCUCUGUUUGAUUUGUUGCCGGAGGGCGUGAGUCGCAAACGCAUCACCACCUGUAGUCUGAAGGAGGCCUAUGUGAGCAAGAUGGUGAAAGUAAACAACGACGGUGAUCGGUGGUCCCUGAUCUCCCUCGGCAAUUCCCGGGGCCAUCGGAAUGUUGAGCUCAAGUUCGUCGAUUCGAUGAGACGGCAGUUUGAGUUUUCUGUUGAUUCCUUCCAAAUCGUUCUUGAUUCCUUGCUACUGUUCUACGAGUGCAGUAAGCUACCGAUCGCUGAAAAUUUCUACCCAACCGUGGUGGGCGAGUCCGUCUAUGGUGAUUUCCAGGAGGCGCUUUAUCAUUUACAAAAAAAGCUUAUCUCGACGAGGCAUCCCGAAGAGAUACGCGGCGGCGGCCUGCUCAAAUAUUGUAACCUCUUGGUGAAAAUGUAUAAACCAUCUCAGCCGGAUUACAUCAAGACCCUCGAACGAUACAUGUGUUCGAGAUUCUUCAUCGAUUUCCCGGACAUAGGACAACAGCGUUCCAAACUUGAAAACUACCUGUGGAAUCAUUUCGUCGGGGAAGAGGAAGCUCUCAAGUAUCAGUACCUGAUGAUGUUGCACAGCGUCGUCGAAGAAUCUACCGUGUGUCUGAUGGGCCACGAGCGACGGCAAACUCUCGCCUUGAUCCAGAAUCUUGCCUACCAAGUGCUCUGCCAGGCAGGUGCUCAGCAGCAGCAGCGGUUGACGAGCCAUCAGCAAGCUCCGCCUGCCACCUAUGUCUAUGCCAACGGCUAUUACUAUGCGCCCGUGAUACCCACGACAGCGUGCUAUACGUGCACCUGCAACUGGAUGGCGUGUUCCUCGUGAUGCGACGAUACCGGCGAUAACGUCGUAUUCGUAGACGUCGCCACGGCUACCACUGAUUGUUAUCAUUGGUAUUGUAAUCAUUGGUGUCAGUGUGAAUACUUCUGCUCUUGCGACUUCUACUAGUCUUUGUAAACUUUCGUUGCGCUUUGUGAAAAUGUGGAGCCAAACCCAGCAAACGAAAAUGAAUUGAAAUGAAUAAAAGU